AAAUUAUAGUCGCAAAUUAAAAUAAAAUAUUAAAAUCCUCCUUUGUUGGUUCCAUUAUAUCUAUGCAGCUUAAAUCCUGUCUUGUCUGUCGGUUCUUCAUCCUGAUCUUCAUUCCAUCUUCAUCCCAGCGACUUGGUUCUUUGGCCUUUGCUCCUCUUUCUUCUCCUUUCGCCUUUAUUUCUUUUCCUGCCAAGGCUGUCUCUACUUGAUAAUGGCUCCCACUCAUCGCCGUGGCCCUUGGGUCCCUGAAGAAGACCAGCUUCUCCUCCAGUUGGUGCGCGAACAAGGCCCCAACAAUUGGGUGCGCAUCUCCCAGCACAUGCACUACCGAUCGCCCAAACAAUGCCGGGAGCGCUUCCACCAGAAUCUCAAGCCCUCGCUGAACCGCGAACCCAUCUCCGCCGAUGAAGGCCUUAUGAUCGAGCGCAUGGUCAACGAGAUGGGCAAGCGAUGGGCCGAAAUCGCCCGCCGUCUGGGAAACCGCAGCGACAACGCCGUCAAGAACUGGUGGAACGGCAGCAUGAACCGCAAGAGGAGAGGUGGUGUGCCUUCGACUUCGUCUUCGCGCACUUUCAACGGCCGUAUUGAGGCCCCCUACCAGAGAGCGUCGAUUGCCAUGAGCAGUCCGGCUCGUUCGCGCUUUUCUUCCAUCUCCCACGACGCUCAGCCCUGGACGAAAUCGCCUGCUUCCAUCUACUCGAGCAACUUUUCGCCUGACUCGAGGCGCGAAUCGAUCGACUGCCCCAGACAGUUGACUCCCAUCUUUACUCUGCCGUCUAUUAACCGCCCCGUCGAAACCCCGCUCACAUCGCCCGCUUUCUCCGAAACCUCCAAUGCCCCUUCUCUCGAGCCUCCGUCUAUGGUCUCCGACCACAACUCCGUCUCUUCCUCCCCGCGCACCAUCGCCUCGCCGCAACUGCUCCCUCUCCCUGUUGAUCUGCGCCAGCAGUACGAGCCGCGGAGACAGAGCGCCUCUUCAGUAACUGAAGAUGCGUAUUAUGGCAACUACUCGAGCACAAAGACACUCGAGUCGCUGCCCGAUUACGCCUUAAAACCACGCUGGAUCCCCGACCCUAGUGCGUCUUGGUCUGCGUGGCCGCGAACAGAGUCGUUGAAGAUGGAACCCUCGCGGGAUUCCCGCAUGGGAUUGAAUAAUCUGCUCAACUAGUUGAUUUUCUUUCUGUUCAUCUUACGACAUCUCCUUUGUGAUUGAAAUUCCCCGACAUGUAUGAUAUGCUCUACAUGUGUUUCCGACCAUUGUCACUCCUUGUUUCCUUUGUUUAACUCGAUACUCUCCUUUGUACCAUCUAAUGUGUAUUAUUCUGUGCAUCCACUGCCGGUCAUGUGGUUAUGAUUUCUUUUUUCUUACUGUCUGUCUGUCUGUCUGAAAAGCAUUUUGCGAGUGUUGAGGAGCGUUUGGCUUAGAAAAAAAGCGAUGGAGGAAGGGUGCCUUUACUGUACAUGUGUCUGUCUAUUUUGGAAUGUGGUGCUUGGAAUUAAUAAUACCCCUUGAAUGAUAAUCACUAUACUAUACUUUUUACAUACUACAUCGUGUAUCCAAUACUCCUACCCAAGAUAGAAGAUGUGGCUGGCUGUCACCCACGGUGUAAACGGAAUGUCC